GAAUUAAAUAUAAUUAGAUUUAUUGUUUUAAUAUAUAAACGUUAUAGUAUUUCGAUUGAGUCAUGUUUAAAGUAUUUUUUUGUUCAAAGUUUAGGUUCUGCAAUUUUUAUGUCUUUGUUUUAUUUUCGGAGAGAAAUUAUAAUUGUUUUAGGAUCUAUAAUUUUAAAUAUAAAUUGGGGGAGGUCCCUUUUUUUUUUGAUUUCCUUCAUUAUAAUUGUGAUCAGAUUAAUUGUUGGGGUGGUGGGUUCUUUUUCUCAAAGAAGAAUUAAACGGCUAUUUGCUUAUUCAUCUAUUCAUCAUAUUGGAUGAUUAAUUAUAUGGAUAGAUGUUGAUACACGAGCUUAUUUUACUGCUGCUACUACUAGUUAUUUAUUGCGGUUCCUACUGGAAUUAAAGGAAGCUUUGCUAACUUUUUCAUUGCUUUUUCUUUUGUUCAUUGUGUUAAAUGUUAUCUUGCUUGGAACAUUGUUUUUCUAUCUCCUUUUGAUUCCUGCCUAA